CCCGAGCCGGAGCGGAGCCGGAGCCCGCGGAGGGCGCAGGGCGGCGCAGGCGGCGCGGGUCGGAGAGGAUGCGGUCGCAGCUACCCGGCCGCUGCCGCCUUGUCUGAGCUGCCCAGCGCACGGAGCGCCGCGUCGCUGCGGGCCCGGACGCGCCAUGGGGAAGGAGCAGGAGCUGGUGCAAGCGGUGAAGGCGGAGGACGUGGGGACCGCGCAGAGGCUGCUGCAGAGGCCGCGGCCCGGGAAGGCCAAGCUCCUGGGAUCCACCAAGAAGAUCAAUGUCAACUUCCAGGACCCAGAUGGCUUCUCAGCCCUGCACCACGCCGCCCUGAAUGGAAACACAGAAUUGAUCUCCCUGCUGCUGGAGGCUCAGGCUGCUGUAGACAUCAAGGACAACAAAGGCAUGCGACCAUUGCACUAUGCGGCCUGGCAGGGCCGGAAGGAGCCCAUGAAACUGGUGCUGAAGGCAGGUUCGGCAGUGAACGUCCCAUCUGAUGAGGGUCACAUCCCCCUGCACCUGGCUGCCCAGCAUGGUCACUACGAUGUGUCAGAGAUGCUGCUGCAGCACCAGUCCAACCCAUGCAUGGUAGACAACUCUGGGAAGACACCUUUGGACCUGGCCUGUGAGUUCGGCCGUGUAGGGGUGGUCCAGUUGCUGCUAAGUAGCAACAUGUGUACGGCCUUGCUGGAGCCCCGACCAGGGGAUGCCACUGACCCCAACGGCACCAGCCCUCUGCACCUGGCAGCCAAGAAUGGCCAUAUUGAUAUCAUCAGACUCCUCCUCCAGGCGGGCAUCGACAUUAACCGCCAGACCAAGUCGGGCACGGCCCUUCAUGAGGCUGCGCUCUGUGGGAAGACAGAAGUAGUUCGGCUAUUGUUGGAUAGUGGGAUCAAUGCCCAGGUGAGGAACACCUAUAGCCAGACAGCGCUGGACAUAGUGCACCAGUUUACCACAUCCCAGGCCAGCAAGGAGAUCAAGCAGCUGCUUCGAGAGGCCUCAGCAGCCCUGCAGGUUCGGGCCACCAAGGAUUACUGCAACAAUUACGACCUAACCAGCCUCAAUGUGAAGGCUGGGGACAUUAUUACGGUACUGGAACAGCAUCCAGAUGGCCGGUGGAAGGGCUGUAUCCAUGACAACCGGACAGGCAAUGACAGGGUGGGCUACUUCCCAUCCUCCGUGGGUGAGGCCAUCAUCAAGCGAGCAGGUCCCCGAACAGGCAGUGAACUAAGUCCACCUCAGGGAGGCGGCUCACUGGGGCCCUCUGCACCCUCAGAGGAGAUCUGGGUGCUGAGGAAACCUUUUGCAGGUGGAGACCGCAGUGGCAACUUGAGCAGUGUGGCUGGUGGUAGGAGUGGUGGGGGCCAUGUUCUGCAUGCAGGCUCCGAAGGAGCUAAGCUCCUGGCAACAGUGCUUUCCCAGAAGUCGGUCUCUGAGUCCAGCCCAGGGGAUAGCCCUGUCAAACCUCCAGAGGGCUCUGCAGGUGCUGCCCGAUCUCAGCCUGCAGCAGCCCAUGCUGGGCAGGUAUUUGGGGAGCAGCCACCUAAGAAGCUGGAGCCAGCCUCAGAGGGCAAGAGUGCUGAGGCAGUCAGUCAGUGGCUUGCCACGUUCCAGCUACAGCUCUAUGCCCCCAAUUUCACCAGUGCCGGCUAUGACCUGCCUACCAUCAGCCGGAUGACCCCUGAGGACCUCACUGCCAUUGGUGUCACCAAGCCAGGCCACCGGAAGAAGAUCACAGCUGAGAUCAGUGGCCUGAGCAUCCCUGACUGGCUGCCUGAACACAAACCAGCUAACCUGGCUGUGUGGCUGUCCAUGAUUGGCCUGGCCCAGUACUACAAGGUGCUGGUGGACAACGGCUAUGAGAACAUUGACUUCAUCACCGACAUCACUUGGGAGGACCUGCAAGAGAUUGGCAUCACCAAGCUGGGACACCAAAAGAAGUUGAUGCUGGCAGUGAGGAAACUGGCAGAGCUACAGAAAGCAGAAUAUGCCAAAUACGAGGGGGGACCUCUGCGUCGAAAGGCACCCCAAUCACUUGAAGUGAUGGCCAUUGAGUCACCACCCCCACCUGAGCCUGCCGCAGCAGAAUGCCAGUCUCCUAAGAUGACCACCUUCCAGGACAGUGAGCUCAGUGGUGAGCUGCAGGCUGCCCUGUCUGGCCCAGGUGAGGGAGGUGCAACUGCUGCUGAGAAGCCUUCCAACCACUUGCCACCCACUCCGAGGGCCACCGUGAGACAGGAGCCUAGCCUGAGUGGACGGGCUCGGCACAUGAGUAGCUCUCAGGAGCUGCUGGGAGAUGGGCCCCCAGGGCCUGGCAGCCCUAUGUCACGAAGCCAGGAGUACCUGCUGGAUGAAGGACCAGUCCCUGGCACUCCACCCAAGGAGGCCCGGCCUGGCCGCCAUGGACACAGUAUCAAGAGGGCUAGUGUGCCUCCUGUGCCUGGCAAACCACGGCAGGUCCUCCCACCAGGUGCCAGCCACUUCACACCCCCACAGACACCCACAAAAGCCCAGCCAGGUUCCCCUCAGGCCCUUGGGGGACCUCAUGGUCCUGCUCCAGCCACGGCCAAGGUGAAACCCACUCCACAGCUGCUAACAGAACGACCCAUGUCACCGCGUUCCCUGCCUCAGUCACCUACACACCGUGGCUUUGCCUAUGUGCUUCCCCAACCAGUUGAAGGUGAGGCAGGACCAGCUGCUCCAGGACCUGCACCCCCACCAGUACCAGCAGCUGUGCCCACAUUAUGCCUGCCCCCAGAGGCUGAUAUGGAGCCUGGGCGGCCCAAAAAACGUGCCCACAGCCUGAAUCGCUAUGCAGUAUCUGACAGUGAACCAGAGCAGGAUGAGCUGUUGGUUCCUGCUGCUGCAGGACCUUAUGCCACGGUCCAGCGAAGAGUGGGCCGGAGCCACUCAGUGAGGGCCCCCACUGGUACUGACAAGAAUGUUAACCGCAGCCAGUCCUUUGCUGUACGGCCCCGUAAGAAGGGGCCCCCGCCACCCCCACCCAAGCGCUCCAGCUCAGCCAUGGCCAGUGCUAACCUGGCUGAUGAGCCUACUCCAGAUGCUGAAACAGAAGAUGGCCAGCUGGGGGUCCGGGCACAGCGCCGGCGGGCUAGUGACCUGGCUGGCAGUGUUGACACAGGGAGUGCUGGCAGUGUGAAGAGCAUUGCAGCCAUGUUGGAGCUGUCUUCCAUUGGGGGUGGGGGCCGGGCUGCCCGCAGGCCCCCUGAAGGCCACCCCACACCUCAUCCUGCUAGUCCAGAGCCAGGCCGGGUAGCUACAGUGCUGGCCUCUGUGAAGCACAAAGAAGCCAUUGGGCCAGGUGGUGAGGUUGUGAACCGGCGCCGCACACUCAGUGGCCCAGUGACUGGACUUUUGGCAACUGCCCGCCGGGGGCUUGGGGAGCCAGCCGAGCAGGGUCACUUUGUGGAGGAUGGCACGGCCCGACAGCGGCCUCGGGGAUCAGCCAAAGGUGAGGCAAGUGUUGAGGGCCCCCCCCUGGCCCGGGUAGAGGCCAGUGCCACACUCAAGAGGCGCAUCCGGGCCAAGCAGAGCCAGCAGGAAAAUGUCAAGUUUAUGCUGACAGAGUCUGACACAGUCAAGCGCAGGCCCAAGGCCAAGGAGCGUGGUGAUACUGGGCCUGAGCCACCCCAACCACUGUCUGUGUAUCAGAACGGCACAGCCACUGUUCGCCGACGACCAGCCUCUGAGCAGGCUGGGCCCCCAGAACUGCCCCCUCCACCCCCACCUGCUGAGCCCCCACCUACUGACCUGGUUCACCUGCCCCCACUGCCCCUGCCUGAUGGCAAUGCCCGGAAGCCCAUGAAGCCACCUGUCUCUCCCAAGCCUAUCCUGGCUCAGCCUGUGCCCAAGAUCCAGGGCUCACCCACGCCUGCCUCCAAGAAGGUGCCACUGCCAGGCCCUGGCAGCCCAGAGGUAAAGCGUGCCCAUGGCACACCGCCGCCCGUGUCACCCAAGCCUCCACCGCCACCCACGGCACCCAAGCCAGCCAAGGCUGUGGCAGGGCUACAGUCGGGCAGCGGCACCCCUUCACCCGCGCCCUCACCCGCGCGCCAGCCGCCAGCUGCCCUCGUUAAGCCGGCCAGCUCGCAGCCCUCACAGAGCGCCAGCCCCGCCAAGCCCCCUUCCCCCGGGACUCCGGCUCUGCACGUGCCCGCCAAGCCCCCGCGCGCCGCUGCCGCUGCGGCCUCCGGACCCCCAGUAGCUCCCGACAGCGCUUCUCCGGGGGACAGUGCUCGGCAGAAGCUGGAGGAGACCAGCGCAUGCUUGGCUGCGGCGCUGCAGGCGGUGGAGGAGAAGAUCCGGCAGGAGGACCGGCAAGGCCCACGCCCCUCCGCGGUGGAGAAGAGCACUGGUAGCAUCCUGGACGACAUCGGCAGCAUGUUCGAUGACCUGGCCGACCAGCUGGACGCCAUGCUGGAGUGAGGCGGCCCCCCACACCCCUGGCUCCGGCCCUCACUCUGACCUUUACCUCAGGACGGGCACGUCUGGGCGGCAGGGCGGGGGCCGGGCAGGCCGGGCAGACCUGCUGCCUAGCUCUGCGCAAGCACAACUCCCGCCCCUGGCCCAGGCGGGCUGUCAGCUUGGAGGACCGCCAGGCUGGGGACUCCAAGGGCUCUGGGUAGACGUGCUGCCCUGCUGGUGCCCGAUCCUGUCUGCUGCUCCCUGUGCAAUAACUGAUGGGCCCCACCCUCGCAGGUUCUGCUCUGCAGGUUUGGAAGGUCGCUCCUCCUUUGCCCUAGGCAGGCAGAGCACGAAGCGAAGAGGAGGGUGGUGGCUACUGUGACCCCCUCCCCAAUCUGUGGCAGAGCACAGGCCUAUGCCCAGCACAGAACUGCCCAUUGGGGAACCUCUGCCAGCCGCUCUGGCGCAGCACAAGGGACGGGGUCAAGGUUGGGCCCGCCCCACUGCACUCCCAGAAUAUAAGCUAUCAAGAGUAUUAAUUUAUUGGGAAUGAGCUGAGGCAGAUUUCCCCAGAGAAACAAAAAGGUAUAACUUUAACAAAUAUAUAUUUAAAGAAAGAAAUAUUAUUGAUUCUAUAGAAAACCAUUUACCAACGGAGAGGACACAAGUCAAGCUUGACACUAAAGCUGUCAGAGGCCCAGGCCAACCUGUCUGUCCUUCCCUCUUUCCAUCCAGGAGUGGCUUUGCCUCUAGUCACAAGCACACACACCUGGGAGGGGCAGCUCUGCCCAGGGCCUGUCCUCUACUCUUCUAACUUCUGUGAGUUUGAAGAAUGUGCCUUGCUCACUGAUGGGCCGUGCCCCCUCCAUGCCCCACAGACCCCAGGGAGGGCUCCUUCCUCCUGACUGUGGCCAUGCUCUGGGGUACUGGUGUGAGGGUGCACCCUGUGUGCAGCAAGGUGAAUGAACAUGGACAUGAGUACAGGGGUGUGCAUGCCAGGCUAUGGGCAGAUAUGUGUGUGAGGUUGUGCUUGGCCCUCCCCCACCCUUACCCAGGCAGCCCUGUAUAGGCAGCCAUCCCUCCCCCUUGAGUUCCUAUGGACACUUCUGCUCAUGGUCUGAGGCUGUGUCAUGUAGUCUUCUCACCCUCUUUUCCUCCCUCCAAAAUACUGGUCUCCUCUAUCGUGUUUGCUGAUCCACAAAUGUUGGGCACAACUUUGACCUUUCUAAAAUUUUAAAAAAGCCAAAACCAGUGAUUGUGGUGUAGGCUGGUGGAGGGGGCCAACUAAGGUAGUGUCUGGACACAGGACCCCUUCUAAUUGUCACCCCUGGCAUCAUCAGUGGACAUGAUGGCCAUCCACCAGCCUCUCCUCUGUGGGUAACCCAGACUGGGGCUCCAGGAGGUGGGGAGGGGGGGAGUCUGGGCAGGGAGCUGCUGUCAGCUGUCAAUAAACAGCAGAAAACAGA